AGAUCGACUUGCUCCCGAAAUUUUCCAAAGCUAAUGUAAAGUUACCCAUAACACACCGCGGUCGUUGACAGUGGUAAAUAUGGCGUCGAAGGCACCAGCAGCGACAGGCAGGCUCCUGGUUGGAUUCCAAAAAUGGUAUUACAACUUGUGUGGCUUCAACAAGCUUGGUUUAGUGCGUGAUGACACACUCUACGAAGAUGCAGAUGUGAAAGAGGCUGUGAAGAGGCUUCCAGAGAAUGUGUACAAUGACAGAGUAUUCAGGCUCAAAAGAGCCAUGGAUCUCUCCAUGAAGCAUCAGAUCCUCCCUAAAGACCAGUGGACAAAAUAUGAAGAGGAUAUCCGCUACCUGAAACCAUAUUUAGAUGAGGUGAUCCGUGAGAGGGAAGAAAGACAGGAGUGGAUGAAGAAAUAAGUUGUUCCUGAUCCGUGCUGUUAAUUCUCGUCUUCAAGUCAGUGCAUGGUGGUCCCCUGGUGUAAUAUUUAAAAUGAAAUGUAACCUAUACAUGAGUGCUCAUUAAAAUGUACAUUUUGGAAGAUG